GGCCGGGCCGGGGGGGCCCCGUGAACCCCGCCUUCGAAGGCGUCCAGGAAGAACCCGCCGCGGCGUCUGGCGAGAGGGCGCAGCCGGCGGGCACGUGCGCGGGGCGCAGCUCGGCGUGCGGACCCCGGCCCUGCGCCCCUGUCGGGAGGAGGGGCGGGAAGGACGCGGGGUCCUGCCAGGUGGCACCCCCGUUCACCCGGUGUGGCCGAGCCCCGCGCCCAAGACCGUUCCUCCUUCCCCUCCUCCCCGAGCGUUUCAUAGUCAGGCCUCGUGUCUUCAAACUCCAAAGCGUGUUUUCCUCGCCCGCCUCUGUCCCUGCGCGAUGGCAGCACCACCUGGCCGUCGGGUGGGCUUCCGUCCCCGCCCUCUCGCUGGUCGCGCCGCCUUGUCGUCGGCCUGAAGGGCCUCUGCAGAAUGCCCGGCGGAUGGCCGGCGCUGGGCAAGCCUCGCCCGUGGACCCCCGCCCCUUGCGCGUGAAACCGCAGGCUCCGGCCCCGCCUCUGUCGCGGCCCCUCCUGCUCCAGCGUGGGCCGCUUGGUGGCCCUGGAUGCUGGCAGGGCCCUCCUGCCCCCUGUGCUGAGGACGCCCUCCGCCCGCGCUGCGGGUCCCAGUGGUCAGCUUCCUAGAGAGACGUCCCCAAACCUGUCUGAGAGGAACUGCCCACUGGACGCCGGGCGCUCCGCGGUUCCGAGUUCCCAGACGCGUCAGGGGUGUUCAUGGCGAUACUAGACUGCCCGCUUUUCCACUUGGUCAGCAUUUGCACUCAUGCGGAAGCAGCCAGGAGGAAACCGCUGGGGCCUCGGCACAGACCCGGGAGCGGUGGCACCAAACUGUCACCCCACAGGUGUCGCUCAGAAGACACUUGACAGCAGAGACGCAGAAGCAGAUGCGAGGGUCCACCUGUUGUGUACCAAGCCAGACAUUAAAAAGCUUUGUCAAAGUGAAAAUGUUUCCUACUAGUGUUUGGAAGAUUUUAUUUUUAAUAAAAUGUGAAAUGAUAGGUUUAUUUUUUUAUGAAAUUAUAUUUUUUAAAUCUCAGUUUUAAUUUCUAAUAGGGCAAACAAAUGUCAAUAGAUAGAACCUCUAUAGCCUUACGGUCUUUUGGGUCCUCAGUGCUGUUUAAGAAUGUAAAGGGGCCCUGAGACCCGGACAUUGGAGGACCCUGGCUCUAUCGGUUUGCUCUCUUAGGAACGUUUCUCAUAAUAUGAAGUCAUUUUGUUUUUUUAUGUCUCCCACCACAAACUUUAUUUCUAAGAAACACAUGGACGGGAGGUGGGGAUUUUUACAGGUGGGGAAAUGCGGCUCAGAGGUCCGCUCAGCUAGUAAGUGUCAGAAUUGGGGUUUGAAUCUACAUUUGAGUCCAAAGUGUGCGUUUUGUUGCUCUGCCUUGAUAAAUACGAAGCCCUAUAUAUGGGUUAAUUUGUUUAUUCAACAAAUAAUUUAACGCACUUGGUGGUAGGUGGGCGCUCCGCUAGGGGCUGGGGAGACCAAGCUCAGCAACAGAGACGGGGCUCUGCCCUGGCUGCUCGGGCUGGUGUGGCCCUGCCUGGCAGGCGCUCUUCAUGGCAGCAGACAACAGACACUGACGUCUCUGCUCGCCAGAGAAGACGAAGUCGCAACAGAAACCUCGAGAAAGGAUCAGGAGCAGGCGUACUCCAAACAGUUCUUGAAGUAAUAAUUAGCCCAGGACAGAAGUAAAGAAGGAAGAAGCCUCGACUGUGAGUGGAUGGGGAGCACUCACUGAGCCCUUCGCGCCUGGCAUGACCCUCGGGGUGUGAAGACGAGUGAGAUGGAGUUUUAACAUUGAACGCGGACAACACUAAUUAUGUGUACCAAGUCCCAAACUUCCACAAAUGUGAAAUCUGUCUGCUGUCUUUUCCAAAAGAGUCCCAGUUUCAACGCCACAUGAGGGAUCAUGAGCGAAAUGACAAGCCACAUCGAUGUGACCAGUGCCCGCAAACGUUUAACGUUGAAUUCAACCUGACCCUUCAUAAGUGUACUCACAAUGGGGAAGACCCCACCUGUCCUGUGUGUAACAAGAAAUUCUCCCGGGUGGCCAGUCUCAAAGCGCACAUUAUGCUGCACGAGAAGGAAGAGAACCUCAUCUGCUCUGAGUGUGGGGAUGAGUUCACCCUGCAGAGCCAGCUGGCCAUCCACAUGGAGGAGCACCGGCAGGAGCUGGCCAAGAACCGCGUGCACACGUGCAAGGCCUGCGGGAGGGAGUUCGCCACGUCCGCGCAGCUGAAGGAGCACACGAAGACGCAUUACAAAGUCAGGGUGUCCCGGGCGUACAAUCGGAACGUCGACAGGAGUGGCUUCACGUACUCUUGCCCACACUGUGGGAAGACGUUUCAGAAGCCCAGUCAGCUAACGCGCCACAUUAGGAUCCACACAGGUGAAAGGCCCUUUAAGUGUAGUGAGUGUGGAAAAGCCUUUAACCAGAAGGGGGCGCUGCAGACCCACAUGAUUAAGCAUACAGGUGAAAAGCCCCACGCCUGUGCCUUUUGUCCUGCUGCCUUUUCUCAGAAAGGAAAUCUCCAGUCCCACGUGCAGAGAGUCCACUCGGAGGUCAAGAAUGGGCCCACCUAUAACUGCACAGAGUGUAGCUGUGUAUUUAAAAGUUUAGGGAGCUUGAACACCCACAUCAGCAAGAUGCACAUGGGUGGGCCUCAGAAUGCUGCAAGCUCUGCAGAGACUGCUCGCGUCUUCACGGCCACACUGUUCCAGACUUUACCUCUUCAGCAGACGGAAGCCCAGGUCUCAUCAGCUUCGAGUCAGCAGAAUUCGCAGGCAGUGACCGAUGUGAUCCAGCAGCUCCUGGAGCUCUCGGACCCGGGGCCGGGGGAGUCCAGCCAGGCCACUCAGCCUGGCCAACAGCUGAGCAUCACCGUGGGGAUCAGCCAGGACAUUUUACAGCAAGCCUUAGAAAACAGUGGGCUGUCUUCAAUUCCAGCUGCAGCACACCCCAGCGACGCCAGCCUCGCCAAGACUUCUGUGCAGGCUCAGGAUGCAGACCUUGCCGACGUGCCCAGCGAGCCGCCCGAGCCCCCAGAGGCCGAGCAGGACAAAGGGCAGGAGAGCCCAGAGAAGCUGGACAGAAAGGAAAAGAAAAUCCUGAAGAAGAAGUCACCAUUCCUACCCGGUUCCAUCCGCGAGGAGAACGGCGUCCGCUGGCACGUGUGUCCCUACUGCGCCAAGGAGUUCCGGAAGCCCAGCGACCUGGUGCGUCACAUCCGCAUCCACACGCACGAGAAGCCCUUCAAGUGCCCGCAGUGCUUCCGGGCCUUCGCCGUCAAGAGCACGCUGACCGCGCACAUCAAGACGCACACGGGCGUCAAGGCCUUCAAGUGCCAGCACUGCAUGAAGAGCUUCUCCACGUCCGGGAGCCUCAAAGUGCACGUCCGCCUGCACACAGGAGUCAGACCUUUUGCUUGUCCUCACUGUGACAAGAAGUUCCGAACCUCGGGCCACAGGAAGACCCACAUCGCCUCGCACUUCAAGCACACGGAGUUGAGAAAGAUGCGGCACCAGCGCAAGCCCGCCAAGGUUCGUGUCGGCAAGGCCAGCGCGCCCGUCCCCGACAUUCCUUUGCAGGAGCCAAUCCUCAUAACCGACGUAGGUCUUAUCCAGCCCAUUUCAAGAAACCAGUUUUUUCAAAGUUAUUUUAAUAAUAAUUUUGUAAAUGAAGCAGAUAGACCAUACAAGUGUUUAUACUGUCAUCGUGCAUAUAAAAAAUCUUGCCACCUUAAACAACAUAUCAGAUCACACACAGGUGAAAAGCCUUUUAAAUGUCCUCAGUGUGGAAGAGGCUUUGUCUCUGCAGGAGUGCUCAAAGCACACGUCCGGACGCACACUGGACUAAAAUCUUUCAAGUGUCUGCUGUGUAACGGAGCUUUCACCACUGGUGGCAGCUUACGGAGGCAUAUGGGUAUCCAUAAUGAUCUGCGUCCCUACAUGUGUCCCUAUUGCCAGAAAACAUUUAAGACCUCACUAAACUGCAAAAAGCACAUGAAAACCCAUAGAUACGAGCUUGCGCAGCAGCUCCAGCAGCAUCCGCAGGCCGCCUCAAUGGAUGACAGCACCGGGGGCCAGCAGGGCGUGUCCGUGUCCACGCAGGUGCCCGUGGACAUGGGCAGCCCGGAGCUGCAGCAGACGGCUGACACCGUGACGGCAAACCCUGCAUCCAUGCUGGACCUGGAGCCGCAGCACGUCGUGGGGACAGAAGACCCCGGGCUCAGUCAGCAGUUGACAGACCCACCUCUGGAAGCAGACGAAGAUAGGUUUGUGGCUGCACAGCAUGCUCUCCCGGGGCACAUGGACCAGUUUGACGAGCAGGCCCCCCCACAGCAGUCCUUCGAACCGGCUGGCUUGUCUCAGGGUUUUACGGUGACAGAUACAUACAAUCAGCAGACCCAGUUUCCACCUGUCCAACAGUUACAAGACUCGAGCACACUGGAGUCGCAAGCCCUGUCCACGAGCUUCCAGCAGCAGAACCUGCUGCAGGUGCCUGGCUCCGACCCCAUCACCGUCACAACUCCUUUGAUUCAAGAGUCAUCCCAAGAGGAGUUGGACCUGCAGGCGCCACGUCCCCAGUUCCUGGAGGACAGCGAGGACCAGAGCCGGCGCUCUUACAGGUGUGACUAUUGCAACAAGGGCUUUAAGAAGUCCAGCCACCUGAAGCAGCACGUGCGGUCGCACACGGGGGAGAAGCCCUACAAGUGCAAGCUCUGCGGGCGCGGCUUCGUCUCCUCUGGGGUCCUCAAGUCCCACGAGAAGACGCACACAGGAGUGAAGGCGUUCAGCUGCAGUGUUUGCAGUGCUUCGUUCACGACCAAUGGCAGCCUCACCAGGCACAUGGCGACACACUUGAGCUUGAAGCCGUACAAGUGUCCGUUCUGUGAGCAGGGUUUCCGGACCACCGUUCACUGUAAGAAGCACAUGAGGAGGCACCAGACGGUCACCUCCGCGGCACCAGCAGCUGGAGCAGCAGACGGGGGAGGAGAUAUGUGUAUGGAGGAAGAGGAAGACAACACAGAAAGAAGUGCGUCCAGGAAGGCCCGUCCCGAGGUCAUCACUUUCACCGAGGAGGAGACGGCGCAGUUGGCCAAGAUCCCGCCGCAGGAAAGCGCCACUGUGUCGGAACGCGUCCUGGUGCAGUCGGCUGCAGAGAAGGACCGCAUCAGCGAGGUGAAGGACCGGCAGGCGGAGCUGGAGGCCGAGCCCAAGUACCCCAACUGCUGCUCCUACUGCCCCAAGAGCUUCAAGAAGCCCAGCGACCUGGUCAGGCAUGUCCGCAUCCACACCGGAGAGAAGCCGUAUAAAUGUGACGAAUGUGGGAAGAGUUUUACUGUCAAGUCCACCCUAGACUGCCACGUGAAGACUCACACAGGUCAGAAGCUCUUCAGCUGUCACGUCUGCAGCAACGCCUUUUCUACGAAGGGAAGCCUGAAAGUGCACAUGCGCCUGCACACGGGAGCGAAGCCUUUCAAGUGUCCACAUUGUGAGCUGCGGUUCCGGACGUCUGGGCGAAGGAAGACGCAUAUGCAGUUUCAUUACAAACCAGACCCGAAGAAAGCCAGAAAGCCCGUGACCCGCAGCCCGUCGGAAGCGCUCCCGCCCGCUGGCCUGCUCAGCCCGUCCCCCACCGACCCCAGCGUGUUCGUCAUGAACAACUCGGUUCUCACGGGCCAGUUCGAUCAGAGUUUGCUUCAGCAGGGACUGGUGAGCCAGGCUGUUCUCCCUGCCUCCGUGUCAGCUGGUGGUGACUGGACAGUGUCUCUGACGGAGGGGAGCCUGGCCGCCCUGGAAGGCAUCCAGUUACAGUUGGCUGCUAACUUGGUCGGGCCGAAUGUUCAAAUCUCUGGGAUUGAUGCCUCAAGCAUCAAUAACAUCACAUUACAGAUUGAUCCGAGUAUUCUGCAGCAAACGUUACAGCAGACCAACUUGGUGACGCAGCAGCUGACAGGGGAGCCGGGCUUGGCCCCACAAGGAACCUCUCUGCAGGCCCCGGACGGCACAGUCCCAGCCAGUGUUGUCAUCCAGCCCAUCUCUGGCCUGUCCUUGCAGCCCACGGCGGCGGCGGCCAACCUAACCAUCAGCCCGUUGUCCGAGCAGGAGUCCGUGCUGACCGCCAGCAGCGGGGGGACUCAAGACCUCUCUCAGGUGAUGACAUCGCAAGGCCUGGUGUCCACGUCCGGUGGCCCCCACGAGAUCACCCUGACCAUCAACAACUCGAGCCUCAGCCAGGUCUUGGCACAAGCUGCUGGGCCCGCCGCGUCCUCCUCGGGGUCCCCGCAGGAGAUCACCCUCACCAUCUCCGGUCAAGAUCUUAUUCAACACAAUUCUAAUGGAAGUAGUGAACUAAACGGAAGCGUGAGACUGUCAGCCCCUGCAAUCAAUAGUCAGCCUGCAGGCGCCACCUUGACAAUAAGCAACGACCAGCUUCUCUCGCAGAGCUCGACCUUGAACCCUUCAGAGCUGACCACUGCAGCGGGCAGCCUUUCCUCCACGACACCGACGUCGCCAUCUGCUGUCUCUGCUCAGAACCUGGUCAUGUCGUCAGCAGGAGUGGGAGGUGAGGCCAGCGUCACACUGACUCUGGCGGACACUCAGGGCUUGCUCUCGGGAGCACUGGACACAGUCACACUCAACAUCGCGUCUCAGGGCCAGCAGUUCCCAGCCUUGCUCACGGAGCCCUCCCUCUCGGGUCCUGGAGGAGCAGCCUCACCCCAGGUCAUCUUAGUGAGCCACACGUCCCAGCCGUCGUCAGCCACCUGCGAGGAGAUCACCUACCAGGUAACUGAUGUCUCUGCCAGCCUGGCCCAGGGUGGCCAGCCCGAGAAGGAGGGCCGGCUACACCAGUGCCUGGAGUGUGGCCGCACAUUUGCAUCAUCUGCCACGCUGCUGCAGCACAGCAAGGCUGCACACGGCCGGGAGCGCAUCCACGUGUGCCCCGCGUGCAGGAAGGCCUUCAAGCGCGCCACCCACCUCAAGGAGCAUAUGCAGACACACCAGGCUGGCCCAUCUUUAAGCUCCCAGAAGCCGAGAGUGUUUAAAUGUGACACUUGUGAGAAGGCAUUUGCCAAACCGAGCCAGCUGGAGCGACACAGCCGCAUCCACACAGGCGAGCGGCCGUUCCCCUGCACGGUCUGCGAGAAGGCGUUCAAUCAGAAGAGCGCUCUGCAGGUGCACAUGAAGAAGCACACGGGCGAGCGGCCGUACAGGUGUGGCUUCUGCGCCCUGGGCUUCACCCAGAAGAGCAACAUGAAGCUGCACAUGAAGCGGGCGCACAGCUGUACCGGAACGCUGCAGGCCUCCGCCGGCCGCCAGGAACAGGGAGGCGAGGAGCUGAGCCAGACGCUGCACCUGGAGGAGGUGGUGCCCGAGGCCGCGAGCGAGUGGCAGGCGCUGGCCCACGUGUUCUGACCCGCAGGGACCGGCGGGCUCCAGCUUAACUGCAGAGCAGAGCGCUUGGGGUUUCUGUUCGGAAGCUUCCAUGUCAAACAUGUUACCACAAUAGUUUUUUAGCUCUAAAGUUAUCUAAAGAAUCAUUGUCUUUCCGAGAUUUACAGGAAAGAAACGGGGGUAAAGGCGCCGUUGUGGUUCGUUUGCAGAUCACGGAACUCAGGUACCACAGCUGGCCGCCCCGCCUUCGCCCCGAGGCCAGUGCAGCAGAAGGUUAGGGCUGAUGGGCAGUGGUGGGGCUGCUUUGCGAUACAAAGGCAGGCGGAACACGGAAUGGCCAGGUAGGCUUUCCUUCGUGCUUUCUGUUAUAAGAAGCAUAGCUUAUAAAACAACCAUAAGAUAGGUGCAUGAAGUCCAGAAAAAUUGUUAGAACACACAGGGACGUUUUUUCCAUUCUUUUCUCUGUGCAUUUUGAAAUCAGUAGAAAUGGACUCUUUUUAGUCCACGAUAAGUUAGAACUAAAACCUUGAGAGAUGGCUGGACCAGUUCUCUCCAUUACAAAUAUUGAAUCAUUAGUUCAAGGAGGCAGCGUCUGGAACGUAAACAUGGGGGACAGUAAACCUGACACACGCACGAGAAGGAAAGGCCACGUGAGGCCGCCCCGGCCACGUCAGCAGGCACUGGGGUCCCUGGGUCAGACCCCUGCAGGCAGCACGAGCCGCACGCUGCAGACGGGCUCGUGGGAGCUGAGGCCCCUCACCCCUUGUGAGCAAGACGUGCGUCUGUAGUGAGGGGUGGGAACUCACCGGGGCCCACGAUCGUCCCCUCGUGCGUAAGCACGUGUGGUUUUUAUUUCAGGGAAUUCUUUAGUAUCUAUCAUCAAUGGUGCCACAUUCAACGUCCCAAACGAAACCUGCCCCGCGCUGGGGCAGGGUGUGUGUCCUUCCCACAGCAUUCCAAAGGUGGAGCGUCCGUCCUUCGUGUGACCCC